UCAGAUUCUUAAUUGGUGUAUGAAAAUCUUAAAUUUGAUUGGAAAAAAGACACGAUAUAUUGUCAAUUUUUAAAGAUCUUGGUUGAAUUUAAAAUGUGGAAUGUUAGCAUACUUGGAAAUUCAACAUCCACGAACAGAUCAGCUUUUAGCAUACCAUCUGGUUUGACACACUCGAUAACCGAUUAUAUCGCUAUGACUACCUUAUCUGUUAUUUUUCUGAUAGGAGUUCCAGGAAACAUUUUCGUGUUGUACAUAUUCGGAAUUCGUCGUAAAAAAUGCAGGACAAGAUUUGAAACAUUAUUGUUGUUGCUAGGAGUAACAGAUUGUGUUUCGAUCCUUUUUAUACCGACAUCUUUCUUUUACUUAACAUAUACUAAAUUUCAAGUGUGGCAUUUUGGAUUCAUAGGUUGCAAGAUUAUACCGACAAUCUUACAAAUGAGUGUGACAAUAUCUCAAGGAAUAUUGGUGUUGAUCAGCUACGAACGUUACCAUGCAAUUGUCUAUCCGUUUAAAAUUGGCCUUACUAAUAAAUGUAUAUGCUUAUGGUUCGUUUUUGUUUUUAUUAUCUCUAUCAUAUUUGUCUUACCCUACAUGGUUUCAUUUCAAAUUGUCAAAAAUCGGUUGCAUAACACAGAAGCAUGUGUUCCAGCAUCUGAACGUUUUAAUUUGCUAAUGGCUUCAUCUGUUAUGCAGUUGUCACGUGAUCUUGUUGCUUUAUCCAUUCUGGCAACGUUAAGGAUUCGCAUGCAUAAAUCUCUAACAAGAUCUGUAACUAUGGCAACAUGGGACCGGUUGGCGAUAUCAACAAAGGGUAGAAAGCUUUUAAAAAUUGUCGUCUUAGUGUUUGUGAUACUAACUCUUCCGGAAGAUAUAUUUUUAGUAUUUUUUUAUAUAUUUGGUUCGCUGUUUGAUAUGAGCGAUGGGUUGUACAAUAAUUUCGUUGACAUCAAUACGUUUUUAAAUAUACUUCAGAUAUCGAAUUCAGUUGUUAACGUUUUCAUAUAUUCAAGAAUGCACAGUUAUUUUAAAGAUCGUAGUUGCUGUCUGAGAGGGAAAGAAAAAAGACGUUCAACCGUUCACAGUAUGGAUUCCGAAAGAUCAACCGAGUUUGACCACUUGUUUCAACAAAACAAUCUACGAAGGUGCGUAGACACCUUUUAUACAUACAAAGAUGGAGUGUUUCAAUGCAACAUUAUUAGUCAUAAACAGUGCAUGGAAUUAAGUAAAAGUUGUUUUUCCAAAAAUUACAGAUAA